AUGCUCAACCGUCCCCCCGCUUUAGCCACUUCUGCGGGGGGAGCUAACGCAGCCCAACGGCGGAAACGGUCCAUCAACAGAAAGGGCACCGGAACUCUCUCUCUGCCCCUCCUCUCCCCGUCCGCCGCGUCGUUCGGCGCUCUCCCGGGCGCCGCCUCCCCUGCGGGCGGCGCCGCAGCUCUCGCGCAAGGGUCGCCGAUGGCGGGGGGAGGAUCGGGUAACCCGAUGACUCCCAUGUCGCCGAUGUUCUACUCGUCGCUGCUUCCGCCUGCGUCGCCGUCCGUGCUGCACCUGGCGCUGCAGAUCGACCUGCCGCCAGACCACGUGGAUGCCUUGAAGGCCGUGCUCCAGGUCAUCGGCAACUUCGCCAACGCGGGCGAGCUCCACCAAACCGCAGUGUGGGACCGCUGCUUCGCCGGCACCUUCUCCCGCCUCGCUACUGUGCGCUCGCCCGCGGUGCAGCGCCCGCUCUGCAUGGUGCUCUUCACGUGCUGCCGCGCCGUGCCCAAGCACGUCGACGGGCUGGGGGGAUCGAUGGACGGGGUCGCGCUGCUGGCGGGCGCGCUCAGGGCGCAGGGGGAGGCGCUCGUUGCGCGCGCGGAUGGGCGGGACGGCAGCACCGGCGGGGAUGUCUUUUCAGCUCUCCCGGACGCUGCCUCCAACGGAAUGGACGAGUGGCUGGGUCUGCUGGUGGAGAGGCUCUGCCUGCGUGCGCGCUACUUCGAGCCAGUCUUCAAGAACCUUCCCAACUUCUCGCCGCGCCCUGCCCUAGGGCAGGUCCGAGGACUUUUCUGCCCAGAACAAGCCGCGCUGCUCUGGGUUCUAUGGGGCUCUCUUCACGCCACUGCAAAAGCGCGGGGCAUCCCAGGCAUCGACCUGCCUUCUGCUUCUAACGAGGAUGAUGGGAACUCAAAGGGCGAUGAGACAUCAAGCAAUGAGACGUCAAAGAAGGCUGCAGCACCUGGGUCGAGGUGGCAGGUGCAUGGCUUGCCUGACAUUGGUCCGGGAACUCUCAAGUUCCUCCUCACAGCAUGCAGAAACGCUGCGGCGGGUCUGGGCAAGGCACGGGAGGAAUCAGGCAGCAAGGCGCUCACCUCCUCUUCCACCUCCUUCACGUGUCUGCAGCUGGUGCUCUGCUUCUCCCUCCGCUGCCUCCGCGUUCUCGCUGCCCAAGAGCCCUCCACCACCUCCCAUCCAGCUCCCACUGCUCAGGACUCCUCAUCCACAUCCCCACCCGAUGCUGCUGACGCCACAUCUGGAGCUGCCUCAGCAUCAGCAGGACAGACCUCAGAUCCGAAAUCAGGGGCUGAGGAUGCAUUUGUUGCGAUCGGAGGGUCUGAAAUUGUUCCUCUGCUGCUGGAUCUCCUCCAGCGGUUAAGUAUGCCCCGGGGUUCAAGUGAUCAAGAGAAGGAGGAAGCAUAUCCUGGACAUCGAUGUGACUUGGUGUCGGUGCUUGCAAACGCAUGUCACCACCGACCAGCGUAUCAAGAUGCUGUCAGAAUGUAUAAAUGUACAGGGGGGGAAACAGCCGGGGAUAUAUCUGGUCUUGUGCUGGUUCUGCGACAGAUAAUGGCAGAGUCUGGUGGUGGUAGUGGUGGGGGCAUGAGAGAUUGGUUGGGGUAUGCUGUGAGGUGUCUGGUGGAAGGGAAUGAGAGCAACAGGAACGAGCUGGCAGCAGCAGUGCAAUCAGGGGCAGUUUCUCAAGAGAUGUUGGAAGCUGCUGUGGCACGGGCGAGCCUCCCUCUCCCGUCUCUCACCAUGCCGUACGUUCCUCCUCAUCGCCGAGCCGCCGCGAACAGCUCCGCAGCCGAACCUGCUGUUCCGUCGGCGACAGCGCCAAACCUAGUGCCCCCCGCCCUCUGCGACCCUGUUUCCUUCCUAUUCUUCUCAUGGAAAAGAGGAUGCGCCCUUCUUUCCCAUCCCAUUCUCCAUGCUUUCUUCCCAUCAGCUCCCUCUCCAGCCCUCCCUUCCUUCACAGCAGCUCCCGCCCCAGCCUCCCUUCCUUCACAGCAGGUGUGUUUGAGUCGCACGGCAACAGGCACGCGCUCUGCCACCCAUUGCCUCUCCUCCACUGCCCCCCCCCCUCCCUCCUUGUCCUCAUUUUCAAUCCCCCCUUCACCCCAACCCCAUUCCCCAUCCGUCCCUUCCAUCAGAUCCCUCCCCGGCCUCCCUCCCUUCACAGCAGGCGCGUUUGAGUCACACGUCAACAGACUCACUUCCCGCCUUCCCGUACCUGUUUUCCGCUCAUACGACACGGGCCUGCCAGAGACCCUCUUUGCUGCAGUGCAAGCGUUGGCAACAGAGAGUGGUGCUGUGAAUAUGCGAUACAAGGAGCGAUCGCGCUAUCACAUCUGGAUAGCAGAUACCGAGCUGGAAAUCGAGUACAAACUAAUCUGUGUUCCGAACCCUGACAACUCUGGAAUUAUCCUCACUAAGGUGAAGCACAACUCGCUGCGCUAUGCAGUCGUCGACAUUGCUCGCCCCGUCAAGUCCAUUGACUUCCGCCUGCUGUUGCUCAAAGAAUCAAGGCUCUGCUCUCUCGAUGAUGCCACUCGGUCCGCCUGUGAGCUCAUAUCAUCCACAGCAGUCAUCGACACGAGUGCAAGAGGGGGGCUGCUCUGGCCAGACACCACCCCUGGCUUCGAUACCACCCUUCUCUCCUCCUCGUCAUCAUCAUCAGCAGCACCACCACCAGCAGCAGCGGCAGCCACAGCAACACCCACUACCCCACCUAAUCCGUCGUCACAGUCAGUCCAACCGUCGCCAUCCACUCGCUUCAGAGUCAUGGGCUGUUGGCAUCUGGACAAGUCCCGGGCGGAGUCGGGCGGACGGUUGUGGAAGCUGGCUCGGAUCAACGGGCUGGUGGCGGGGCAGGUUGGGAGCAGCUUGAAGCACCAGAUUGACCUUUGCCCCUUGGCAUGGCGAGAAACAACCAAGGGCCAUGAAGCCCCAAGCAACAGCAUGAGUAGUUCACCCGCAACCUACUCGGCGACAUCUUGCUUCGACUCGAGCUUGCAGCAGGCUGCACCACAGUGGACACCAGACAGCAUUCUUGCUGAUUGCCCCGCCCUCAUACACUGGCUGCAGCAACACCUGCCUUAA